AUGGCGGUCAUUGAAGCAUUCCUGCCAUUACGAGGAAUGUUCUGUGGCCUGCCACUUUCCCUGUUUGAUCAGGCAUUAUUAUGGUACCCAACGUCCCCAACACGAAGACGGUUAGCCAACGACAGCACACCCGCGUACCCAUCAUGGUCUUGGGCCGGAUGGGUGGGCAGUGUGGAUUACCAGUUAGACAUCCUGCACCUCGGAGGAAAUAGAAUUAUCUAUCCCAUGCACGAGUGGUACAGAUACAGCACUGACGACAAUCCUUUGGUAUGCAUACCCGAUAGGGUACCGCAGGAUUCCUCUUUUGCAUUGGGUUUACUCUAUUCUCAUAUCAAAAUCAUCCGCGAUAAUCCCACCUUUAUCAUUGCCUGGGUGAUUUCUAUCAGGAUGACCCUCAACUCAGAAGAAAGCCAUGCGACCCAUUGGUUAACUGAUAUGAUGCAAUUUGUCCCAUAUUUUACUAUAUUUGAUCAUGAAGGCGAUCCUUGUGGGUUUCUCCCUUCUGCUAAUCGAGAUUGGGCGCGAAAGUUCAAAAAGGAAGGUAGACGGGAGUGUGAAUUGGUCCUGCUCUGCCAUGCAGAACAAGCCAGUCAAUAUGGUGUAGGGAACUAUGCAACCACCAUUCAUAGGAAAUAUCAGGUCGUUGACAAUCCUCAUGUCUGCUUCUAUAAUGUCAUGCUGGUAGAAUACCACGGUGACAUUGCUUACCGACAAGGAAUAGGGCUGGUUCAUAAGGAUGCAGUCCACGCUAUCAACCAUUCAUGGGAGAGCAAGAUCUUGAUUCUAGGUUAA